GAUUGAUAUAGAUUUUAGAAGUAAAUCAUGAUCUUGUAAACCAGAGUGUAUUUGGAGAUUUUAUUGGAGAUUUAUGAUCGGAGAAAUCUUAUAAUUUGAUCUUCAGAUUUUGGUGGUAUCAGAGUGUGAUAUGAUAAGUUCCGAGCCUUGUGCACUUGUGGGACCUGUCUCACGAGUGUACGGCGUCUGUCGCGUCUCGAAAUCGGGUUUUGGGGCGUGACAGAUUUAGUGGUAUCAGAGCUUAGGUUGAAAAUAAGAGCUUAGGUUUGAAUUAAGCACCUCCAGAUUGAGUGGCAUUAGAGCAGAUUGAGUGAUAUUGAGCCUAGGUUUAAUUGAAUACCUAGGAUUUGUUUUGGACUUGGCUAGCUAAUUGAUUUUAGACCCGUGGUGAGACGAGUGAUGGGGUGAUGUAAGGGACGAUUCUGAUUCAUGUUGCCUGAAUUUUCUCAUCCAUUUCGAUGAGAUGGCUUGUUACGUGAAUAGAAUUUUUGUGUGCUCUUUUGCCACCAUUGUGAAAUCUGGGGAGUUGCAAAGAUCUUUUGCUAUUAAUCCUGUUAGUCUCUACAGCAUAUCUGGUUGAGGAAUUUGCUCUGUUUGUCAUGACCAGUGAAAGAUGGGCAACCCUCUACUUUGCAAAAGAUUCAAGGCUAUUUUAGCCAAUGUUGUGUGUUUUUCUAGAUGCGUGUUAGGAGCUGGAUUAACUUGGUAAUUUCGUUGCUCCUUAUCUUUCUGAAAGUCUUACAGUGAAAUUUCACUUUUUCCAUUUGGAGCUUCGUGGUCUUUUCAUGUGGCUCAUUUUUCUGUAUUGGUUAAUCAAGAGCAGUGAUUAUUCAAUUGAAAUUGUUGUCUUUUUAUGAAGAUUUGCAAGCUAUCAUAAAGUUAAAUUCUUUAUUGUUGCCAAUCUCUACAUUCUUGAUAUCUGGAAAUUGCUUGAAACUCUUGAAAUCCAUCUUGAAUCUUUCUUGAUAUUGCUUUAUACUUGUUCUUGAAAUUGAAAUCCGGAAAUGGAUAAUGAUUAUCGAAAUCCUCAUUAUCUUGAUUUUUGUCUGAAAUUGAUUCUUGCACUAUUCUUGAAAUCUAGUUUGAGUUGUCCUUGAAAACGUUCUUGUUCUGACUCUUGCUCUUGUUCAAAUUCUGUAUACUGCUCUUGUUGAAAUCCUGCAUAUUAUGUUCGUUCUUGUGUCAGUAUACUUGAUGAUCUUCUUGAUUUUUGAUUUUGUUCAUAUGGACACCUCUUUAGGAGGGGUGACGAUCAUCAGAAGAUACCUAUAUGAGGCAUCCUAAUUCCUGUCUCUUGCAAGUGUUAAUCUCUGUAUUCUUGAUGCCUUAGCUUUGACUUGACUCUAAGAUGUCUAGGAUGACUUGAUUGUAAACUUGCUUAGCCUCAAUGAGCUACGAGGUAAAGGGGUAGUCUUUGAAGUACCUGAUGCCCUAGAGUUUUGUUCCAAGUGAAAUGAUUCUUUUAUCUGGCUGCUUGGAUUUUUGUUUGCCCUUUUGAUUAGAAGACAUGAAUCUUCUAAGCAUCUUGAUCCCAGCCAUUGCUUUGUUCUGUUAAUUAAUUCUAGUACUUAAG